AAGAUUCUCUUCUUCAAUUAGUGUUCAUUUAUUGUUAGUUUGGUGAGAUGGCAGACUUUGUCAGAAAAGGUAGUGUACAACUUGUAAAACGAAGCAGCGUCCAGAUAAAGCAUGCUGCGAAAGAAGUGAGAGCGGCCGUUCGAGCUCGACACAUUGUUGCUGGUCUUGUAGCUAUUGGAUUUGCAUUAUGUGGUGCCGUUGAAGUGAGUUCUUCUGUUGCAUUACUAGCAAACCAAGAAGACAAUCACGCUAUUGUUGAUACUUCAUGGCAUUGCGAUAUGUUAGUUAACAUAAGUAGCCGAAACCGUACAGAAGAUUUCGAAGUUAUCCUUUUAGAGUUACCACAAGAAGAACGAGCGGAAUCAAUUAUGAGAGAAGCAUUUUUAUGGGGUCAAGUCGCAGGGCCUUUACUUGGAGGGUGUCUCGUUUGGGGAAGGUCUGGACCAUCGAUGGUGUUUUCACGAGCCAUUCUUGGAGCUUGCUUAGCUUGCAUUCUUGUUCCAGCUGCCUGGCGAGGACCUUCACAUGUUGCUUUGCGACUUUUUCAGGGUUUAUGUACACUGCUUACUUGGGUAUGGAGUGUGGGUAUCCAGCUUUCCGGCGAUGUGCUGGAACUCGUCACAAAUUGUUGGAGCAACUAUGCCAGCAGCACAUAUGUUUGCAAUGACUUGGUUUAAGAGCAAUCACAGAAGCUGGUACUUCAGUUGUUAUGCAGACAAAAGCAGUCUCAAAAUUCUUAUAGAUAAUACAAAGGAGGUGAUCUUUCUGAGCGCGAAUCACAGUCUAAGUUGCUUGACUUUAUUAUUGCU